CUUGAGACGCGGUUGUCAUCACAAGAUAAGUCUGGUGUUCAGGGUUUUUUUUUCGUUAGGGACAUUUUCAGAAAGCUAGCUCGUCCUCCUCGUUGUCCCGUGUUUAUCUAAGUCCCCGGUUUGGAGCGGAAUGGCCCGGUGUCUGUCGCUCUCCCCGGUAGCCGUGUUGGCCCUCGGCGCGGUUCUGGUAGCGGCCAGUGAUGUACUCGAGCUCGGGGACUCGGACUUCGACAGCACAGCCAGCCAGCAAGAGACCAUGCUGGUGGAGUUUUUCGCUCCAUGGUGCGGUCACUGUCAGAAGCUAGCUCCAGAGUAUGAAGCAGCUGCCACCAGGCUGAGGGGAGUGGUAGCCCUGGCCAAGGUUGACUGUACAGCUAACUCUGAGACCUGCGCUAGGUUUGGGGUGAAUGGCUACCCCACCCUGAAGAUCUUCAGGAAUGGAGAGGAAUCUUCGGCCUAUGAUGGGCCCCGAUCUGCAGAUGGGAUUGUGAGCCACAUGAAGCAGCAGGCUGGCCCCAGCUCAGUGGAGUUGAAGACUGUUGAGGAUCUCGACCGGCUCAUCCACAGCUUCGAUGCCAGCGUGGUCGGGUUCUUCUCGGAUGCCGGCAGUGCCCAGCUGGCAGAGUUCCUGAAGGCUGCUGCAGUGCUGAGAGACAGCUACCAAUUUGCCCACACCAGCACCCCGGAGCUGCUGCACAGGAACCAGAUCCAAGGAGAAGCCGUUGUGCUGUUCAGACCUCCUCACCUCAACAGCAAGUUUGAGGACAGCUCUGUGCGAUACACUGAGGCUAUCUCCACCAGCAGCCUGCGCAGAUUCAUCAAGGAGAACAUAUUUGGUAUGUGCCCACACCUGACCAAUGAGAACAAGGAGCAGCUGAUGGGGCGGGACUUGCUGACUGUGUUCUUCGAUGUGGAUUACCUGCGCAACCCCAAGGGAUCCAACUACUGGAGAAAUAGGGUGAUGAAGGUUGCCUCUAGGUUCGUGUCGGAGGGGAUGCCUCUGAGCUAUGCGAUCGCGGACCGCUCUGACUUCUCGUACGAGGUGUCUGAGUUCGGUCUGGGGGCCACGGAGGGGGAGCUCCCCGUCGUCACGCUGCGCACUGUGGCCGGGGAGAAGUACGCCAUGCAGGAGGAGUUCACGCGUGACGGGAAGGCUCUGGAGAGAUUCCUGGAGGAUUAUUUUGCCAGGAAGCUGAAGCGCUACAUGAAAUCAGAACCUGUCCCGGAGAACAGCGACGGGCCCGUCAAGGUGGUGGUAGCAGAGACUUUUGAUGAGAUUGUCAACGACGAUUCGAAGGACGUGCUGAUCGAGUUCUACGCCCCGUGGUGCGGGCACUGCAAGAACCUGGAGCCCAAAUACAACGAGCUGGGAGAGAAGCUGGCAAAUGACCCCAACAUUGUUAUUGCCAAGAUGGAUGCCACAGCCAACGAUGUGCCACCUAACUAUGACGUGCAAGGUUUCCCUGCGCUUUACUUUGUGCCCAAGGGGAGCAAGGAGUCACCAAAGAGAUACGAGGGCGGUCGGGAGGUGAGCGAUUUCAUCAACUACCUGAAGAGGGAGGCAACGAGCACCCCUGUGCUGACCCCUGGAAAGGAAGAUCUGUAAACGGACGAAAGAAGACCUAGUGAACGGCACGCGCCUGUCGAUGUGUCCACGUGCCUGUUAGCGCUGUCUGCUGUCCGUGCUUGGAGACUGAGUCACUCAAAACGAACAGCCUGUGCCGCUUAACCCUGCUGUGUGGCGCCAUUAUAAUAAACUUCCCAGAUACAGAGAAUUCAAAAACAAACAGCUCCUUAUCCAAGGAGAAUUGGGAUCCAACAGGUUACUCAUCAAUCACUAGAAAUACUUAAUGAGGAAGAAAGGUAACUGAUGAACUGAAAACUCACCAUCUUUAAUAAUUAGUUGCAAUGUUUCGGCUUCCAUCGUCUUCAGAUAUCGUGGUAGAAAUAGCCAGGCAGACACCAGCAUCAAUCUACCUGGCUAUUUCUGCCACGAGAUCUGAACAAGAGAGAAGCUGAAACGUUGUAGCUAAUUAAAAUACUGAGUUUUCAUGUUCAUUGUUUGUGAUAGAUAGAUAGAUAGAUAGAUAGAUAGAUAGACAGAGCUAACGUUUUUCAGAGAUUUAUUUUGCGCUCAUCACUGUCAGAAUUGGAAGAUGGGUAUUUUAAAGUACUGUUUUAAGCAAGUACGUGAAAACUCCAGCAGACAGCAGUAACUGGUUAAUAUCGACAAAUGCGUUCCGUGUUUUUUUUUGUUUUGUUUUUUUCAAAAUGAUUGUCACGGGAUACUGAAGGAGGGUGGGGCUUCUGGGACCAAUGACAAAAAGGUGAUUGGUCUAUCUGUUCAAGGGUGGAGUUUCUCAUGCAUUUGGGGAGGGGCUGAUUACUGUAUAAUUCCGUAAAUCAGCGAUUCUGUGAACGGGGGCGCAGGUAGAGUUAAUUAAAGUAAUUUAUUUGAAGCUACUGUAUCAUCUUAGCCCCGUGUCUUGAAUUUGCACCCCUCUGCGUCUGCAGGGAUUGCUGCACGUUUUAUACUCUUGCCAGUGGGCCAGUACAUAAAACCAAAGUCGUGUGGUUUGGAGUAACUUAGGGUGGGGCUUUACCCAGUUAGUAGUAAUUUAGGAUUUCUCUUUAAGUUAAGGAAAGGUCGAGUGGAACUUGGUUCAAGAAUUGUCGGUGUGCAAUAUCUUGAAUGCAUUUUUGUUUAGAAAUUGAGACCGCAAGGCGAGUUGUCAUCUUUGUAAAUUUUAUUUAUUAUAUUUAUAUAGAGUAUAGAAUUGAAACUGGAGGGGGGGGGGGGGAAUAAUUGAAAAAAUACAACUUCAGUCACUGUAUGCAUUUAAAUCCUGGGCUGGGGGUGGGUGGUCUUAAGAUCAUUAAAAUAGACCCCGCCCCGCCUCGAUCUAUUAACCUGCAGUUCUGCUGAAAAUACACAAGGAAUAGUAUGUGAUAUUUUAAAUAGAAAGAGUUUAGACUAAAUACAAUCUUGAAUGGAUCUUUGGAGCCAUUCCGUGUUUUACUGUGGACUAGAGUUGCACGCAGGUGAGGAUCAUUGCUGUUGAUCAGGCUAAUUUUGAAAUUACAUUUAAAAAAAAAAAAAUAAUAAUUUGCAGACGCCUUUAUCCAAGGCAACUUACAGAGACUGUGUGAACUAUGCAUCAGCUGCAGAGUCACUUACAAUUACAUCUCACCUGAAAGACGGAGCACAAGGAGGUUAAGUGACUUGCUCAGGGUCACACAAUGAGUCAGUGGCUGAGGUGGGAUUUUACCAAUCAUUCACUUUGGUUGGUAAAUUAGCCAGGUCAACACCAAUGAUUUCCUGUUCUCUGGAGAGCUCAGUCCCAGUAAUCGGUCCGUGCAGCUCUACUGUGGACUGAGUUUACAAGAUUAAGGGAUUACACUUAACAUGGGGGUGUGUUUUAUAAGCACAAUAGCUGUAAACUGGUAGCUGACUUUAAUUUACCAGAGAGUCGUACUGUUUUUUUCUUGGAUAACAAUGGUAUUUAAAACGAUAGUGUGACUACUUGAUUACAAUGCAAACUGGUGUGUCUCGUCCGGAAUGGCUUGAACUUCUGUGAAAUGGUUGUCUUAGUCCAUCCUUGUAAAAUGUCAUGUACAACUUUUUUAUUUUUUAUUAUUAUUAUUAUUAUUAUUUUAUUAUUAUUAUUAAUAGAGUAGCACUUCCUUGGUCAAUGACGAAAUAAAAGCAAUUAUUACAAAUCCUGUUCUGCAGCGAAUGGGUUUCAAGGAAACAAUAAAUGCACUGAUGAUGAUGAUGAUGA